AUGUCGCCUCCGAACAAUGGCCACCUUCAGGCCCGCCUGUCUGGCCUCAACAUGGUGGCAAUGGCUUUUGCGAUUCUGAAUACUUGGAUUGCUCUAGCAGGCUCAAUCGGACUUGUGCUUCCGUCUGGCGGGUCUGUUUCACUUCUCUACGGCUUCGUCUUUUGUGUUUUAUGCAACCUCGCCCUGACGGCGAGCCUCGGCGAGCUAGCUUCCAUAUGGCCUACAGCUGGUGGCCAGUACCACUUCGUCUAUGCCCUUUGCACCGAUAAGUGGAAACGAGUCAUGAGCUUUUGGGUCGGCUGGACAAACAUUGUCGGAUGGCUAGUCGUUGUGACUGUCCAAGGAUUUUUCGCCGCUCAAUUCGUGUGCGCCGCGUCUGUCGUCGCCUCUAAUGGAAGAUUUGUAGUCACGCAAUGGAAUACAUAUCUAAUCUUUCUCGCCAUUUUAACAUUCGCCACUGUCGGUAACAUUUGGGGCAAUAGAAUCCUGGGCAAAUGGAAUGACUUCGCUAUGUUCUGGUCGAUUCUUGGUGUUAUUAUCAUCAGCAUCAUUCUCUUGUCUCUCCACGACAAGACAAACGCAGACUACGUAUUCACGUCCUUCAACAACGAGACAGGUUGGCCCGACAGCAUUGCCUGGGUUCUCGGUCUUCUACAGUCCGCUCUUUCCCUCAUUGGCUUCGACGUCAUCCUCCAUAUGAUGGAAGAGAUGCCUAAUCCAUCCCGCGACGCCCCACGGGCCAUGAUUUACUCUAUUGUUGUUGGAGGAGUGACUGGCUUUGCCUUCAUUCUUGUUAUGCUAUUUUGCUUCACCGAUCCAACGACGGUCCUUGCAACCAACACUGGCAUGCCCAUUGUGGAACUCAUGCUACAAGCAACUCGAAAUCCGGCCGCAACCUGUGUGAUGACCAUUAUGCUUGCAGUCUGCUUCAUCAAUGGAUGCACUGCCAGCACUACCAGCGCUAGUCGGCUUCUUUACUCCAUGGCACGAGAUAACGGUAUCCUGUUCCCUAAAUACUUUUCACACAUUACUCCAGGCCACAAUGUCCCUACUAACACCAUACUAAUGUGCUAUGGCUUCAACAUCCUGUUCGGAACGUUGUAUCUGGGACCCACGGUUGCCUUUGGAGCAUACAUAGCGUCAUGCACUAUCUUUUUGAAUGUUUCGUAUGCAUUUCCCAUUAUCGCCCUGCUUGUAAGGGGGCGAGAUAUUCUGUCGCAGCAUCAAGUGCCGAAUGCACCAUUCAGGUUGGGGAGGUGUGGCUAUGGUAUCAACUUGAUUGCUGCUUUAUUUGUCUCUGUCACUUCAAUCUUCUUUUGUUUCCCCGUCGCUCUGCCAGUCACCAGUGAUAACAUGAAUUACGUCUUAAUCGUGGUCGCAAUCUUCAUAAUCAUUGUUGAGAGCUACUGGCUUGCAUACGGGCAUAGAUUCCAAGUCGAGGGAAUUCAGGUUAUUCUUGGUCAGCACGAGAGUGUAACGGCCAACAAUGCGUAUGAGCUGGGCUUGGAUUUUGGGACUACAGACCAAAAGACUUCGGAAUGA